UUUUUCAUUUUCCCUUGAAGAAAUAAAUGAGACUAACAAAAAACCUUUUGCUGCUUGUCUUGUUCUUCCUGAGACGAAUCAGAUUUGGAAUUGAAAAGACUUCAUGUGAAAACAUCAGUUUGAUGCUUUGACUCGAAGUUCAUUCUCGGGUUAUUUAGCAUCAACCAUAGAACUAGGCUGAAUAGAAACCGAAAUGCUUUUCAUUUGAUUACUAUUUGUUUCAACAAAAAACAAGUGGCUAAUCACAAACCGAGCCCGAAUUGAAAAAUCUGCAUUACAAUUUAACACUUUAUAUCCCUGAUUCUGGUUUUUGUUUCUGUUGGCUCCGAAACAAAAGAAAGCUUCCUUAUUUUGUAUCUAAAUUAUCGUGUCAUGGGUUCCUUUGCGCUAAAAAACUAAUUUUCUUUAAAACGAAUAUCUAGACAAGGAAGCGGGAAUACUUUGACUCUCCCUCAUUCAUAAUUUCCUGCCCUGUCAACAAUCAGACUCCCAUUAUUAGCUUUCAACUGGAUGAUUACGCCCCAUUGAUUUUUAACUUAGUUUGAAACUGUUAAAAUAAUUUUUCUGUAUUAACAUUUCAAACCGCAGCGUUUUGUUCCGCCACAUUGAAACUACAGUCAAAUGGUAAAAAAAUUAUAUCACUCAGUUGAUUGUUAAAGUUUCAUCGAAGAGUUUGGCGAUGUCGCCAACUUUGUGCAAUUGUCUCCAACUUGUCUUCUUGACCCAUUUGUCGACUGGGGCCAACUUCACUGAUGCCCUAAUUGCCGAGGAGUUGCCAGACGAAGUACGAUUGCGACUCAAACUGGCCAAAAACUACGAUCCUUCUGCUCGUCCUGUUGUUUCAACGAGCACACUUGUAAAUGUCACCUAUAAAGCCUCAGUAUACCAGCUCGUAGGUUUUAACACAAAGGACCAGACUAUCAAAAUGCUCAUGUUCCAGCGGAUGGAAUGGGUCGACGAACUAUUGCAAUGGGAUCCGGAAGAUUACGGAGGUCUGAACUGGAUCCGGUACUACCGGAACUCAGUGUGGACCCCCGACAUUCUGGCGUACAACGAUGUGGGAACUUUUGACAUGGAGAAAUAUGACCGGUCGAUUCCACUGACAGUUUACAGCUCUGGUCUUGUGGUAUGGACACGGCCAGUGGAUUAUGAGACGAUGUGUUCCCUGGAUGUGACUAAUUUUCCUUUCGAUACCCAGAAAUGCGACAUUGUGAUUGGCUCUUGGCAGUAUUUUGAGAGCGAGGUCAACAUCACAUGUAUGCCAAUUGACCUCUCGUCUUACAUGGAGGACAGCCUUUGGACCCUGAAAGCAACGGAAUGCCGAAGGCUGUCAAUGGAUGCGGCGAGGGGUUCCAACACUUUCGGCAGAAUCUCAAUAUGUGUGAUCUUCAAAAGAAUGUCCUCUUUCUACAUCCAAAAUCUCAUCCUGCCCAACGCUAUUCUAAUGUCUAUGAGUUCUUUGACUUUCUUCAUUCCUGGUGAAAAUGGAGAAAAGGUCACAUUCGGAGUGACCUUGACCCUGGCGCUUUGUGUCAACUUGUCACUUGUGACUCAGUAUGUUCCACAGACGUCUAAGACUUUCCCGAGGAUCUGCACGUAUAUAUUCUCCAGUAUUGUCCUCUCAUGUGUUGCAAUAGUCCUGGCCACUUUUUCGCUCAAUGUGUCCAAAAACAGACAACCCGACGAUAUAUAUCAUGUGAACAGCAACGAGUUUUCAGUCGCGACUACAAAUAUGUCGGGAAAAGAUAUCGUUGGCAAUGAUGCAGAUGGAUCGAUUCCUUUGGAGGAGUUGGGCACGAGAAAUAAGCGACUCAAAAAAAUUAAAGCAAAAUUGCUGAAAAAAGUUUGUCGUCCCAAAAUUGACGUCAUAAUGGGAGUUCUCGGUUUCAUAGGAACUUCUCUGUACUCGAUUCUUUUCCUUUACAUGAUGCUAGAAUGAAACAUAUCAAUAACAGAAGAACGGGGUUCAAUUCAUAUCAACAGCAGAAGCUAUAAUGAAUACAUCAUUGGAGUCUCAAACUCAAAACUGUUUCUAGAAUGCACAGUUAUAUUCAUAUAAAAUUUCAAAGAUAGCUGUAGUUUUAGUG